AUGUUCUCGACAGCAUUUCCUAAGGACUUAAUCACAUCCAUUGAACGGGUUCAGCGUGACGGCUUGAUGCGCAUUUGUACAACUCGCGAAAUCCUUUGCCUAGAUGAACGAUAUCCUGGGAAGCCUGUGCUGGCCUUCAAACACAGUCGACAGUUCGAUCGCACUCUUCAAGCUCGCACCCUUGAGGUUCAAUCUGCGUUGCUUACGAUCCUCACCUCCCGGAAGAAUGGCCUCAUGACCGUCUAUGAUGUUUCUCGGGAGACUAGCGGUCUCACACAUACCUAUGCUUCGCCAUAUUCCCUGCCAAUGCCCAUGGGACCUAUGGAGCAACACGCCGGGUAUGUCUUUGUACAGCCACCGGAUGGAAGCGGACGAGAAAGCAUGUCGAUGUUCCAAUUAUCAAGCCACGGGAGUGUGCACCAACUUGACUUCCUCUUUUCUGCGGAUGAUUCUGGUCCGAAAGAUGCCAUGGAUGGCUUCGCUGUAAUAGAGUGGAGCGAGGAGGUCGAAGAGUUGGGUGCGAAAGCUAAACUAAUGCGGACUGAAGCUGGUCCCUUGGGCUCUCGAAACCACGCCGGAGGAGGCAUUUUUCCCAAGAUCAGCGCGGAAGCUUUCUAUGAAACGCUCGAUAAGAUGCCGACCUUCUGGCAGGACUCUGACGAGCCCAUCGAGCAUAUGCUGACAACCUUCGACAUUGCAUUUCGAUCGGGCAAUGAACCCAGCGACCCUGGUCGAGCUGAUUUUCUCACCCAAAGCGCGUUCAGCACGACGAGAGGAUAUCGGGCGUUCGUACAAGAUCGCAUACCUCUGAGGAAGCUGGCACAACAGGUUCCAUGGCAUCGCGAUAUCACUCCUUUUCUUCAACGGUUCGUGCCGGAAAUGGAAGAAUUAUCCCAUCGGGCAGACGAUAGUCUUCGAGGGUAUGACCUCGCGCCGAGCGACGAGCGUCCAGGCCUCUCACUGCGCAGAGAGUCCGAAGCGCGCGAGCAGCUGACGUUAGACCUGGCGCUUUCGACGGACAUCUUCUCAGUCCAGCCGUUUUCAAAGCAGCAUGCUCUCGACCCGUUCGACGAGGCUAUCGAGACAAUGUCACGUGCUACGGAGGCGAUAUCGCUCACGGACACUGCGGACUUGCCCCAAGUGCAUUUUGGCUACCUCAACCCCGUGCCCCAAGCUAACCAUUAUACGAGACUCGAUAACGGCCCCGAAGAACCGUCUCAAGGCGCGCGCGCACCGCUUGGGGUCCGUUUACUUCUUAAGGAGUGGGAUGUGGGAGCCGACCCAAAUGCCUAUGUUUAUCAUGACCCCUACGGCACCGAAAUCCUCGAUGGGGGUGAUAUCCGGCGCGCGGCUCCUGUGCUACUACCCCCGAUCCCGAGACAGCAGCCUCAAUCGCAACGGCCCCCAAUGGUCGUUCCCACCAUCGCCGCUGGCCCCCCUAUCGUCUCCCCCUUGCGCGACGUGAUGCAGGAGAGUCAGGACAGUGGGUUCGGUGGCUCCCAGGAGUUUGUGACGAAUACGCAGAUCGUGCCAGGGCCGUUUGGGGCUCGACAGACGGCGGGAAAGAAGAAAGUCGGGAAGAAAAGGAUCGGUGGAUUCUGA